UUUCAUCUGUGUUGAUCUCUUCCCUCCAAGAUAGUAACCUGUUUAUCUGAUACAAUGUUGUCAGGUCUCUAUCUCUAUCUAUCUCUCUCUAUCUCUAUUUAUCCUACCAACAGCCUGUUCUGCUUCACUUGCCAAUGUGUCGUGGAAGUGUCUUUUGUUUUUCGGCGCACUCUUCUCCACUUCUUUGCCUAGUGUUUUAUGCAUUGUACACACUUCCUCUUCUCGUCAUUCAUCCUUGCGUAGGAUUAGCUCCUGCUUCACCAACUUCCACUCCUCCAUCAGCUUCCAAGUGUCUGCUGAGAUCUACUCCUUAUCUUCUUCCUUCCUCCCACGGUUAUGAAGGAUUCUUACCACAUAGCUUUCAAAGAGUUCCACUGUUCAUACACAUAGGUUUCUUCAGAGAUGUUGCUCGAUAUCUCCCAUUUAGUAUUGAUGACUGACGUGAAGAUUUCCUUUGUUGUUUCGUUCUUCAGUUUCUGUUCUGGGUGUUCAACUUCAACUGUGGUCUAGCACCAACUUUUUCGAAGGCUCCCAACUUGGUCUUAAAGCUUCCCUGCACUAGAUGGUGAAUGAUGCUAGCUUAUAUCCACUCCCCUUCUUCAUCUGAUCUUUUGUCCAGCAGGCCGAGUCUCCACUUUCUUCCCAUUGUGAUGAGGCCGACCUGAUUUUUAGUGUGGUGUGCCCUGGUGUCUGGUGAAAUCAAAUC